AUGGACGACAUUUUGCUUAUGGGGAAUGAUACUCGUAAGAUCAAUCAAGUAAAGGUAAAUUUGCAAAAUCAUUUCAGCAUAAAAGAUUUGGGCCCACUCAAGUAUUUUUUGGGAAUUGAAGUUGUUAGGUCAAAAAGGGGUUUCAUAAUAAUCCAAAGAAAGUAUACUUUGGAUAUUCUUGAAGAUUGCUAUGUUCAAGACUGUAGGCCUAGUGAUUUCCCUAUGGAGCAAAACAUUCGUUUAAAAUCUCCUGAGGUUGACGAAUCUAAAUACAAAAGGCUUGUUGGUCGUUUACUCUAUCUUAUAGUUACAAGACCGGACAUAGCUUACAAUUUGGCUAAGUUGUCACUCAACAAGAAGGUUUUGUAUGGUUAUUUUAAUAGUAUUGGAGGUUCUCUUGUUUCAUUGAGGAUGAAAAAACAAAGUGUUGUUGCUAGAUCGUCAGUUGAGGCUGAAUAUAAGGCUGUGGCGAGCACUAUUUGUGAAGUCAUAAAGCUUCAGUGGCUUUUGUGUGACCUCUGUGCGAAGCAAGAAGACGCUAUUGCCCUUAUGUGUGAUAAUAAUGCUGGUAGACAUAUUGCAGCAAACCAGGUGUAUCAUGAACGCACCAAACAUGUUGAUAUUAUUGGUAGUUUGUUGGGGAACGUGUAG